UGGUAAUUGACCGUUUGUUUAUUAGAAAAAAAAUUUAGAUUUGUCAAAUUUGUGGAAUAUUUUUAUAAGCAGCAAAUGACAAAGAAGACUCAAAAUGUAUAAGCAAAACAAGUAAGAUUCACAGAAAUAAAUUGAUUUGUUGGUACUGGAAGAAUUUAGUAGUUUAUCUAUUAUUUCUCACAAUUAAAAAUGACCAGCCGAGAUAAUUCAGUGGCAAAAAAUACAGAUGAUCAUAGUGUUGAGACAUUGGCAGAAGUCUUUCGAUGUUUUAUUUGUAUGGAAAAAUUAAGAGAUGCUCAUUUAUGUCCUCACUGUAGUAAAUUAUGUUGUUAUACAUGCAUAAGACGAUGGUUAACUGAACAAAGAUCUCAGUGUCCUCACUGUCGAGCUGCACUGCAUUUACAUGAAUUAGUAAAUUGUCGAUGGGUAGAAGAAGUAACUCAGCAAUUAGAUACUUUGCAGUCUGUGAGUAUUUCUAGUGCUAAAUUUGAAGACCUAACUAAAGAUAGAUGCUUAACUCAUCAUGAAAAACUAUCUGUCUACUGUUGGACUUGUCGACAAUGUAUAUGCCAUCAAUGUGCUUUGUGGGGUGGAACUCAUUCUGGACAUACUUUUAAGCCUUUAGAAGAAGUUUAUGAAACUCAUGUCAACCAAAUCAAAUCUGAAAUAGGACAAUUGAAGCGUAGACUUGUAGAACUGAUAACAAUUGUGCAAGAAGUCGAAAGAAAUGUAGAAUCAGUCAGGUCAGCAAAAGAUGAAAGAGUCAGAGAAAUAAGGAAUGCUGUAGAAUUGAUGAUUGCUCGUUUAGAUGCUCAAUUGAAAUCUAAAUUGUUGACAUUAAUGGGUCAGAAAAAUUUAUUAACAUUAGAAACAGAACAGUUAGAAGCACUGUUACAAGAUAUUGAACAACAAUUACAUUCAUCUUCUCAGUCUGAACUUAUCACUCGUAGUGCAGAGUUGUCACAUAUUAUAUACCAAGUUCGUAAAAAACCAAUGACUAGUUUUGUAACACCUCCAGUACCUGCUGACUUUCCAAGCGAAAUUGUACCUGGCUAUGACAGCGCUACUUUUGCAAUGCAACACUUUUCCCAAUUACAACUUAAGGCGGAUCCUGUUUAUUCUGCACCCUUACAUAUUAAUGGAUUAUGCUGGCGCUUGAAAGUUUAUCCAGAUGGUAACGGAGUAGUAAGAGGAAACUACCUAUCAGUAUUCUUAGAGCUAAGCGCAGGUUUACCAGAAACUUCCAAGUAUGAAUACAGAGUAGAAAUGAUACAUCAAGGAUCAAGAGAUUCUAAUAAAAAUAUUGUAAGAGAAUUUGCAUCUGAUUUUGAAAUUGGUGAAUGUUGGGGAUACAAUCGAUUUUUUAGAUUAGAUUUGCUAGCUACAGAAGGGUAUUUAAAUACAGACUUAGAUACUUUAAUUUUAAGGUUUCAAGUACGACCUCCUACUUUUUAUCAACGUUGUCGAGACCAACAGUGGUAUAUCAAUCAAUUACUAACCGUUCAAAAUCAAUACGUUACUCAAAUUAAUGAACUCAAAGAAAGACUGGCUUUGGAAAUUUCACGUAAUGCUGCAGCAACAAGCAGCUGUAGUAAUCCUACGUUAGAAAAUUCAAUGUCAUCAUCUACACAACAAAUUCACCAAGAUUUACAAGAAGAGAAAGAUCAAGCCAUUGAAGAAUCACGCUCUACCAAUGCUCCGCACUCAACUGAGACUUUUUCUGUUACAUCUAGUCCUUCUAGAACUUUACAAAAUGUAACUCCCUCAAGAAGUAACAGCUUUUGGAAAAACAUGCCAUUGUGUGAUAUUAAUGAACUUACAAAUAUUUGUUCAAAGUCAGCACCCUCUUCGCCCCUUCGUUCCAUGUCAGUGAAAAUGAAUAAAACUAAACAAUUGGCCAAUAGUGAUGCAAGUGGUAGCCAACAGCUGAUAGAUCAUAAAACUUCUCAACAAUCAAUUGAGGACAAAAACUGUGGCGAACAUUAUUCAACACCAAUUUCUAAUUUAGCACCUGUUUUGAACUGUCAACAGUUUGACGCACCGUCAAGCAGCAGUAGCAGCGAGAGUGGGGACAUAAGUGAGCAUGAAAUGUUUCUUGGGGAAUGUGAACAUAUUGAAACUAAUUCAGCUUUAUUAGAUGACAAUUUUAACGAUGAAAAUGAUGUGGAUAAUGAAACAAUGUCAGGUGAGAAUGACAUUGAAGUUGCCGAGUCUUUAGUGCCAUGGUUUCAGAAUAAGAAUAAGAUACAUUGUCGGGAGAAUGAUAAUUUAACUACGGACAGUAGUAAUAGUAGAGUACGGGUUAACGACGGACUGGACGACGAAAUUAUGUUGCUUCAUUUAUUUGAAAGGCAUAAUAGGAAUUCAGCUUGGGCAUCAUUAAAUUUCAAGCAAGGAUCUGAAGAAAUGAACGACUCAAUAAAUCCUUUUUCUAGUUUACAAAGUUACAAUACAACUUCACAUAGUCCAGAGCAAGUGGGUUCAUACAUUUCUUUAGAUUUUGUACAAGGACAUUUGAAUUUUCAUUUGAAUGCCAAUGAGAAAAGACGUCUUAGCGUACGUCAAUCUCCUGUCUUACCUUUUUCUAAUAGCCGCGUCAACUCAGAUAAUCAACGUAGAUAUCAAGAUUUUGGUGAUAUAUUAUCAAUGAAUAAUCAAACAACUCGCUCGGAACCGACGACUAGAUCUAAUUCUAUUAACUAUGAUCAAGAUCAAAUCGUUUGCUCAAAACUCGCUGAAAUAAAUUUAAUGGAUAAAGAAGGUACACCACGAUGGUUAAACUUAACAGUACCGAGUUUAUCGUUAGGUAAUGCAAAAGUUGGUCAGAUAUCACCCAGGCGCCAGUCUUCACCAGUUGCAACUAAUACGAACUGUUCCAAUCUUGAAAGUGAUAAAAUUUAUGAGUUUGAACAACUGAUUCGACGUAUAGAUUUAUCAUCUAGCAAUAACACAAAUGCUAGCGUUGAACAUUUGAGAAAAAAUAUUUCACCUAAAGAAGAACCUGUUGCCUCGCCACAAGUCGCAAAGCGAACAUUGCCACCAAAUGAAAAUUUUGAUUCCAAUCAUCAUGAAGAAGCGGCUGCCGCAAGUAACUUUAAGUUACCAGAAUAUCUGACAAAUUCUAGUAACUAUAGUUGGGUCCCUCCUUCAUAUCAGCAUAAACAUGGUCAAAUGACAUGUAUGGAUUUUCUUUUACAAAGUCCUAAAAAUCAAAAUACAAGAAAUAUUUCUUCCCCGAAAUCGACUGAGGAAAAGAGGUAUUCAAAUUCUCAAUAAUCUCAAUCAAAAUGAUGCGCGAUAACUGCGUUAAUUCCAGUUACUGUGUUCAUUAUUACUAUUCAUUAUUAAUAUUUGCGUUUUUUAUAUAUGAGUGAUGAAAAUUGAUGAAAAAUUCUUCUUAUUGUAUUCGUAAAUUUAAAAAAGUUAUGAAUACAACGAACAUUUUAAUGAAACUGAUAGUUUUUAAAAUAUCAAAUAGCAAAUUAUUCAUUAAAACAUUUCAAUGAAGUUGGUCAGUUUUCUUAAAUGUACAUAUCAUUUCAUAAUUUUCUGUAACUUUAUCAUAAAUGUGAUCAUUACAUUUUCAAAUUACUAGAAAAUUACAUGCUACAUAAAAAGUAAGUGGAAAUAAUGAAAAUAGAAUAAACGAAAAGUAGUAUGAAAAGCAGUUUCCUUUGACCUUGCCGAGCUUGAAUAUGUAUAGAUGCUAGGGUGACUAAAUAAUAAUAAUGUUUCGAUGAUAAAUUUAUAUAAGUUGUAAGGUCACGUCAGAUCUGAAUAAUAUUUUUCUUUAGAUUUUCCAUCGUCGACUGAAAUUGGCCAUGCGCGCGCGCCAUCCGUUGAGAGAAGCCAAUCGAAGUCAUUCUAUGUCACUCUAUAAGCAUGACCUCGUUUUGGUGCCUCAUCGACCUCUUUCCGUGGCGAUGGCAACGGCAAAAUAGCAAGUUUAUGACCCACUGUAUAUUCUAUUGGGAUACUUUUUCGAAACGUUCAUCAGUUUCAACAUUUUUUUGGUUUUUAAUAUUUUUACAUUAACUCUCACUUUCACUUGUUGUCAAUAUUGUAACAACGUAGUUGUGGUAAUAAGUGAUUGUAGAAUACAAUGUUUUACAUCACCGAACGUCAUAAAUUUGAACAUUUUUAAAAGACCAAGCUGAAAUGUUAAAAUAACAUUUAUUUGUUAAACAAAGCUUUUCUUGCCUUUGUCUUCUUUUUGAUAGUUAAGUCCAUUUGUAACUCGUGUGCGUGCCACGAUCGUUUAUAUCAUUGAGAAAAUAGCCGCUAAACUUUUUGUUUAUUACGAGUAUAAAAGAAAACGUUUUAAGUGGAUAGCAACAAUUUUUCUUUACUGUAGUUAAUUAAAUAGAAUCUUCAAGUAUAUCCUGAAACGUGUACUAUAUUUACAUCUACUGACAAGAACGAGCUGUUGUAAUUAUCAUCGGCCAUUUUGCAUUGAUUCGCAAAGAGUCGUCCAUCAAUAUUUAAAUAUUUGAGAGUGCUAAUCAGUUACUACUUCUUUUUGCAUUCUACAUCAUCUCGUACGUCUCGUUUAGAAAAACUCUAACGAUUCUGCAACUCUUAUCAAAUAAUUAUAUGACGUUAUCAGUAAUAAUAUCGAUUGUAAACUUUUCAUUUCAAAUAAUAAAAACCAUUUAGGUCACGAUAAAAAUACUGACAAAUAAGUUCAAUUAAAAGCUUCUCGUCCUAAGUGAUUCGACGACAACAAGCUCUACUGUUCUCAAAUAUUCAUCUAUGCUCAUAAAUUAGAAUAGAUUUUUAAUCCACAAAUUUAUUUAUUAUAUGAUUCAAUAAACCGAUAACUAGUUUCAUAUACUCGUGAUCAUAGAUAACAUGGCGUACACAACAAGCACAAACGAAAUUGUCUACAAAAUCGAAGUUUUUUUUGCAAUUACGCAUUUAUUAUAAAAUCAGUCCUGUUUAGAUUUUCUCUGUAUUUAUUUUAUUUAUAGAAUCAAUUGUAAUUUUUAUAAGCGGACCUUCAAAGCCAAUUUGUCUUGGUGAAAUAAAGUAGUUUAGAAAUCAA